AUUUUUGUCGACAUUGUAAAGAUGUUAUUCCUACAUUGGACAAUGUUCAACAGCAUGCCUGUUUCGAAGGAAAAGAAGUUUUCCUUGAAGGAAAAAAGGAAUUGUACUCACCUGCAGUGAAUAAUAUUUCAUUGAAAAAUAAGGAAACAGCUGCGGUCUGGACAACAGAAGCUACAUUGGCAUUGCUGUCAUUGUAUGAGGCUAACAUGAGCAUGUUGGAUCAUCCUAAAAAGAAAACAAAAAUAUGGCUAGCUAUCGCAGAUGGUCUAAGAGAUUUAAAAAUUGAGAUGUCACCACAACAAGUGAGAUGGAAAAUGAACGCCUUAACAAAACGGUACAAAGAAUGUGUCGACAGCAAUAGCAAAACUGGAAGAGGUACUGUUGAAUUUCAAUGGUUCGACCAACUCGAUGAAAUUUUCGGAGACAAAAACAAUGCUGGAACAGCUUACACUGUUUCAUCGAAAUUGUGUUUUCCUACGAUGACAUCAAAGAAUAAAGCAAGUAACGUGGCGGCCAUUAACGAACAAAGUGAAGAUAGAGAAAAGGAAAAAAAGCAGUUGUGUAAAUCUCAUUUUAAGAUGAAAAAUGAAGAGCAUGCAGUCCUUGAAGAGAUCUGCUCACUGUUAGAUAUAGCAGCAAACAAGCAGACUGAAGACAUAACAUCAACAAUGCAAUUAAAGACAGAUAAAAAGUUACGGGUAAAACGCGCAACACACGGUACUGAUUCAAACAUCGCAAAAAGUAAAAUUGAACUCGGAAAACAGUGGCAUCAGCAUUUGCAAGAUAAAAUCAAAAGAGAGGCUAUUAAAGAGAAACAAUAUGACAACAUGAUAAGAAAAAAGGAAGAAAUACUACAAUUAAAACAGAAACAAAUUGAACUGAAAGAGAAAGAACUCCAACAGAAGAAAACUAUUGCAAGUAACAAAAUGAAGGAUAAGGAGAAGAGGCAUGCUGAAAUAUUAAGUCUUGAAAUGGAAAAAUGCAAACUUUUCCGUGCAUUUCUUAAACAAGACACGGGUAAUACGUCUCCGAAAUACUAUUCCGAUUUAUCUAAUUGA